AUGCUGGCCACGAGCAGCGGUGUCAUGACGAGCCUGUCUCUGUGGAUUAUUUUCCUCUUCAGCUGCGGCGUCUUCGCCAGGAAGCAGCACGAUGAGACUGAUGGUGAUGAGUCCUGGUCGGAGAGUGUUUCCAGGGCGAGGUGUGCGUCGCGGUGCCUCAGUUUGCACAGCGUAGCGGCGCUCUCCACACCGCUGCAGAAUAAUGGAUCCUUGGGCUGGUGUCAUAAUCAUAAACAGUGUGCAAAGUGCCUGGAGCCCUGUAAAGAUUCCUGGGAGAUGAAGAGGAAAAGCAAUUGUAGGGAGCUGUGUGAGCGGGUGUUCCCCAAGAAGCACUGGGAGUGUGUGACCAGCUGUGAGUUCCUUCAGUCAGUGCUGGCAGUGAAGCAGGGCAGCUGUCCACCUCCAGAGAGAGCCAGUGGCUUCGCAGCGGCCUGUGUGGAGAGCUGCGACCAUGACCAAGAGUGCUCCACUCAGAAGAAAUGCUGUUCCAAUGGCUGUGGCCACACCUGCCAGUCUCCCAAAGACCUCUACAAGGGUGCUCCCCUGAAGCCAAGAAAGGAGUUGGGCUUUGAAGAGCUCUCCUCUGGCCAGCUGGAGGUGCGUUGGUCCUCCCGCUUUAACAUCUCGGCUGAGCCUGUAGUCUACAUCCUGCAGAGGAGGUGGAACUUUGGCAUCCAGCCCAGCGAGGACACUGCCACCUCCUGGCAGCUGGUUGCACAGACUACGGAGCAGGGAGCGAGGCUCUCUGACAUCCGGCCAGGUCGCUGGUACCAGUUCAGAGUGGCGGCUGUCAACACCCAUGGAACCAGAGGUUUCACCACACCCAGCAGACACAUCCACUCCAGCAGAGACCCCCCCAAUCCUCCAGCUCCCAGUGAGCUGAGAGUGGCCAAUAUGAGCUUUGGCCCUGGCAGGGUGGUGUCUGCCAGGCUCCAGUGGAGCAUGCCUGCCGACCUGGAUGUUCCCGUUCACCACUACAAGGUCAGCUGGAGCUGGAAAGCAGUCGGACAGCCCUCUGCUUCAUCCCUGACCAAGAGAAGGAAGAUUGUGAGAGAGAGCCAGGUGGAGCUAGACAGCAUGCGGUCUAACAGGAGCUACAGUGUGGAGGUCCAGGCUGUGUCCUACUGGGGACAAACUCAGCUCAAAGGACCCAGAGCCAUCCUCCACUUCACCACACAGCACACAACCAGAGCUGCUCCAAGAACCCCUACAGGUGAUAUUCUGGAUGUGGGGACACCAUUCUACCAGGAUGGACAGCUCCGUGUUCAUGUUUACUGGCAGAGCAGCAUGGAUCCGUCAGUUGAAUUCUACAGAAUCCAGUGGGGACCAGAGUAUUGUGGACACAACCAGACCAGACCCAUGGAGAAGACCAGCACCCAGGAUGAUAAUGUUCUGGUGGUGUCAGGCCUGCAGCCUGCCAGUCUGUACAGGCUGGAGGUCCAGGCCAUCACAGCAGAGGGUGAAGGUCCUGCAACCACCCGAACUUUCCAGACUCCCGGACACCAAAGCACCCUGAAGCACAGACCCAGGCUGAGGAAGCAUCACCAUAAACAGCCAAUCAUUGAGAGGCACUGA